AUUUGGAGAAUUUGUAUUUUUCAUUGAGGUAUUUUUAGUAUUUUCCUACGGGCUUCGCCUUUUAUUCUGAUAAUUAGGUGGAUGUUUGUCAAGUUUGUUUAUAAAUAGGGCGUUCAAUUUCAAAGCCUUCGAACUACAGAAUACUUCCAUUCUGGAUUCCCAAAAGAGGACAUACCUAGACAUCUACAAGAUGGACCUCGCAGAGACGAUGAAGAACGUUUUGGCUAAAAGCACAGGAAGCACAAAUACCACAGCUAGCAGCUCCAGCACAAGCAAUCCACAUGGAGCCGAGGGCUACGUGACGGAAAAGCUGUAUAUGCUCCUCCAGCUGUACCUGCAGAAUAAGGGCUGGAGCGCCAACAUAGACCUUUUGCAGUGCUUUAGCGACUUGAAAGACUCCUCAAUGCUUCCUAGCGCUGCAUACUUACAAAUGAUGGCCUCAAGGGUAGGCCUCGAUGCACAAGGAAGGUUAAUCUAUAGGGAGAAUGGAAAAAUUAUCUUGCCAUAUGAACAUUUUGCAAAUGCCGUUAUGUUAAAGCACAUGAACGGUCCCCACGGCCUGCAUCUCGGAUUAGAAGCAACCGUGAGAGCUGUUGUGGAAUCCUACACAAUAGGCCGAGAACAGUUUGGGAUGGAGAAAGAAUUUAUCAUAGAAGUUGUACAAAACUGUCCCAACCCAGCGUGUCGCUAUUAUAAAAACCAAUUAGAAAUGACACAGAAAUCAAUCCAACAACAUUUAUCACAACAACCCACAUAUAUUCCAGAUGCGGGUGCAUCAAAUCUGUCUGACAGUCAGGCAGUGGAGCGGCUGCUGCGUGGCACAGCGCUGCCACAGGACUAUCAGCUGCCGCUGGCCCCCCAUCUGGCAGCCCUCAGUGAGUUGCUAACAAACCUGGCCGGAGAGAAGUCAGACCGUCGCUCCGGUGACAAGCUGUCCCAGCAUCAGCAGAUGCUUCUGCACCAGAACCGCUCGCUGCACGACAAGUACAGCCACCAGCGGUCAUCGGGGUCUUCGGGCUCCAGUGACAAGAACAAACAUCAUUACACUGAUGAGCACAAGCUUACCGAUUUUCUAAGGGCGAAUCUCGAGUCACUAGAGUCCCUCUCUGGGGGCGGGGGCGGUGGCGUGACGCGGGCGGAAGGCGGCCAGGAGCGAGUCGUGCGCGCGUUCGGUGAACUAGCCCGCAACCUGCAGCGCAUGCGGCCCUGCGUGCGUCCCGCCAUGUGCAAGCCCUACGGCAAGCAGAGCGAGCAGCUGCAGAAGAUUCUGCUGGACACGAUACAGCUGGUGCAGUCGCUGCGCAGCUACCUGCCGCCGCCGCACAUACAGGUCACAUCGUGGAAGAACGACGAUAAGCUACGGUCAAACAGUAUGGAUGAGCUAGAGAGCCGCAAGAUCGUCAGCGGCAAUUAGCGCGCGCGGGGACGUAGCGCUGCGUACAGUACGCAUAGUUACGCGUGUAUACUACGCACAGUACGUACGUAAACUUCGCUGGUAUCAUUUUCUAUAUAAAAGUACCUAUUUUAUAUAUUCUAUUACAUAGUAAGCUUGUAUUUCUAUUAACGUUCUGUUAUAUUUUAUUUUCAAGUA